UCCAACGCCAACUCACCAACACAAGCUAAAGAGAGCACGGAUUAAAGCAUCCAUCGGUGAUUGGUGAUUCUACUGAUCCCCAAACCAAACAAUUGCUCUCUCUCUCUCUCUCUCUCUCUCUCUCUCUCUGUGUCCCCCUUUCUCCCUCCUUUCUACCAUGUACCUUUGAUGCUGCUAAGCACAGACCAAAUUCGAUCUGUCGUCUCUGAUCGCCCUCCAUUGUCGCCCAGCUGCCAUCCCAACAAUGGACAUGAUCCACGUCUUGCUCCUCCUAUCCUCAAUCUACGUGUCGUCGUCUGUGUUUACGCCAGUGGCGGUGGCGGCGACGGACGCGGAGGCGCUCCUCCGGUUCAAGGCCUCCAUCCAGAAAGACCCUGGAGGAGCCCUCUCAUCUUGGCAGCCGAGCGGGAGUAGCGGCCCAUGCAGCUGGCGCGGCGUCGGCUGUGACAACGGCGGCGACGGGAGGGUGACGCGGCUCGACCUCGCCGGAAGCGGCCUCGUGGCCGGGCGCGCGUCGCUCGCCGCGCUGUCCGCCAUCGACACGCUCCAGCACCUCAACCUGUCCGGCAACGGCGCGCUCCGCGCCGACGCCGCCGACCUGCUCGGCCUUCCCAACGCGCUGCGGACGCUGGACUUCUCCUACGGCGGCCUCGGCGGCGUCCUUCCGGGGGACCUGCUCGCGAGCUACCCGAACCUCACCGACGUCCGCCUGGCGCGGAACAACCUCGCCGGCGUGUUCCCGGAGUCGCUCCUCGCCGGCGCUCCGAGCAUCCAGUUGUUCGACGUGUCGGGCAACAACCUGUCCGGUGACAUCUCCAGGAUGUCGUUCGCCGAGACGCUGACGCUGCUCGACCUGUCCGAGAACCGCUUCGGCGGCGCGAUCCCGCCGGCGCUGUCGCGCUGCGCUGGUCUCAGGACGAUCAACCUGUCGUACAACGGCCUCACCGGGUCGAUACCGGCAUCGGUUGCCGGCAUCGCCGGGUUCGAGGUGUUCGACAUCUCGUCGAACCACGUCAACGGCAAGAUCCCGGACAGCAUCGGCAACGCGUGCGCGUCGCUGGAGAUUCUGAAAGUGUCCAGCAACAACAUCUCGGGACCGAUCCCGGAGUCGCUGUCGUCGUGCCAUGCGCUGCGGCUGCUCGACGCCGCGAACAACAAGCUUAACGGCGCCUUCUCGGCUGCCGUGCUCGGCAACCUGACGUCGCUCGAGAGCCUGCUGCUCAGCAACAACUUCAUCUCGGGCUCUCUCCCUGGCACGAUCACAUCCUGCACGAACCUCAGGGUCGCCGACCUCAGCAGCAACAAGAUCUCCGGCGCGCUGCCGGCGGAGCUCUGCUCGCCUGGCGCGGCGCUUGAGGAGCUCCGGAUGCCGGACAACAUGGUUACCGGCACCAUCCCGCCGGGUCUGGCCAACUGCUCGCGGCUGAGGGUGAUCGACUUCAGCAUCAACUACCUACGCGGCCCGAUCCCGCCGGAGCUCGGCCAGCUCCGCGGCCUCGAGAAGCUGGUGAUGUGGUUCAACGGCCUAGAGGGGUGGAUCCCGGCGGAGCUGGGGCAAUGCCGGGGCCUCCGCACUCUUAUCCUCAACAACAACUUCAUCAGCGGCGACAUCCCCGUCGAGCUGUUCAACUGCACCGGCCUCGAGUGGGUGUCGCUGACGAGCAACCGGAUCACCGGUACCAUCCGGCCGGAGUUCGGGCGGCUGACUCGGCUCGCCGUGCUGCAGCUUGCGAACAACAGCCUUGAGGGCGUGAUCCCCAAGGAGCUCGGCAACUGCAGCAGCCUCAUGUGGCUGGACCUUAACAGCAACCGGCUCACCGGCGAGAUCCCGCGGCGGCUCGGCCGGCAGCUCGGGUCGACGACGCCGAGCGGGAUCCUGUCCGGCAACACGCUGGCGUUCGUGCGCAACGUGGGGAACUCGUGCAAGGGCGUGGGCGGGCUGCUGGAGUUCGCCGGCAUCCGGCCGGAGCGGCUGUUGCAGAUACCUACUCUCAAGAGCUGCGACUUCACGCGGCUCUACUCCGGCGCGACGGUCAGCGGCUGGACAAGGUACCAGACGCUGGAGUACCUGGACCUGUCGUACAACGCGCUCUCCGGCGGCAUCCCCGAGGAGUUCGGCGACAUGGUGGUGCUCCAGGUGCUGGACCUGGCGCGGAACAACCUCACCGGUGAGAUCCCGGCGUCGCUCGGGCGGCUGCGCAACCUCGGCGUGUUCGACGUGUCGCACAACGCGCUCUCCGGCGGCAUCCCGGACUCCUUCUCCAACCUCUCGUUCCUGGUUCAGAUCGACGUCUCGGACAACCACCUCAGCGGCGAGAUCCCGCAGCUCGGGCAGCUGAGCACGCUGCCGGCGAGCCAGUACGCGGGCAACCCGGGCCUGUGCGGCAUGCCGCUGCUACCGUGCGGGCCGCCCCCGAGGGCGACAUCCUCCGUGCUGGCGGAGCCCGACGAAGGCAGCCGUUCCGGCAGGCGGCGUGCCCUGUGGAGUGCGAUCCUGGCCGCCCUGGUCGCCGGCGUGGCGGCGUGCGGCCUGGCGGCGGCGUGCGUCGUGGUGGCGCGCGCGCGGCGGAAGGAGGCGCGCGAGGCGCGGAUGCUGAGCAGCUUGCAGGAUGGGACGCGGACGGCGACGAUCUGGAAGCUGGGCAAGGCGGAGAAGGAGGCCCUGAGCAUCAACGUUGCCACAUUCCAGCGGCAGCUCCGUCGCCUCACCUUCACGCAGCUGAUCGAGGCGACGAACGGGUUCUCCGCCGGCAGCCUGGUGGGCUCCGGCGGGUUUGGCGAGGUGUUCAAGGCGACGCUCAAGGACGGGUCGUGCGUGGCCAUCAAGAAGCUGAUCCACCUGAGCUACCAGGGCGACCGCGAGUUCACGGCGGAGAUGGAGACGCUGGGCAAGAUCAAGCACCGGAACCUGGUGCCGCUGCUGGGCUACUGCAAGAUCGGCGAGGAGCGGCUGCUGGUGUACGAGUACAUGAGCCACGGCAGCCUCGAGGAUGCGCUCCACGGUCGCGCCCUCCGGCUGCCAUGGGCGCGCCGGAAGCGGGUUGCGCGCGGCGGCGCCAGAGGACUCUGCUUCCUCCACCACAACUGCAUCCCGCACAUCAUCCACCGGGACAUGAAGUCCAGCAACGUGCUCCUCGACGGCGACAUGGAGGCGCGCGUCGCCGACUUCGGCAUGGCGCGCCUCAUCAGCGCGCUGGACACGCACCUGAGCGUGAGCACGCUGGCGGGGACGCCGGGCUACGUGCCGCCGGAGUACUACCAGAGCUUCCGGUGCACCGCCAAGGGCGACGUCUACUCCCUGGGCGUCGUGUUCCUGGAGCUCCUCACGGGGAGGAGGCCCACGGACAAGGAGGACUUCGGGGACACCAACCUCGUCGGCUGGGUCAAGAUGAAGGUCAGGGAGGGCGCCGGCAAGGAGGUCGUCGACCCGGAGCUCGUGGUCGCCGCCGUGGACGGCGAGGAGAGGGAGAUGGCGAGGUUCCUGGAACUGGCGCUGCAGUGCGUGGACGACUUCCCGUCAAAGCGGCCCAACAUGCUGCAGGUGGUCGCCAUGCUCAGGGAGCUCGACGACGCGCAGCUGCCGUCUACUGAACCAGCAGCACCGGGCACUGGUUGCGACUGAUGAUGGUGACGACGCAUGUAGCUGGACGUACUUGCCACACCAGAGGAGUUGAUGACGAGUUGUACUGAUGUGGAUGUAGAAAGCUCUCUUCUCUGUACUGUAUUGAUGAUGGACUGAUUUUUCUAAGUGAGAUGACACGUUCUGCAUU